UCCUACUACUAAUACGCGUUUCUGUUUUUAUGCUUUUUAACCUUUCUGGGUAGCACAGAGUCCAGAGACCAAUUACCAUCUUCAGAACAGACCACAGAGCAAGAGCAUCCAUCUAGCUGGCAUGGUCCGUUGCAGAUUCAUUUCCUCUUUUGUGCUAGUUUCGCUGCUGCUUUUACCAACGCUUGCCAGCCGAUCAUUCCCCACAAAACUAGAUGCCAGGCCUUCGCCAGGAUACCGUGAAGCACCGGUGUAUAGGAAUGGAGACCAGUGUCAAAUCUCAGCUCCGAGAGACUCGGGGGAAAUGGGUGUUGGUCGUCCUUUCCUCGUUCACGUGGCCAUGACGCUUGAUUCUGUCUACUUUAGAGGUUCCGUGGCAGCAGUUAACUCCAUACUCAGGCAUGCUUCUUGCCCGGAAAACAUUUUCUUUCACUUCGUCGCAGAUCCAGCUUCCAGUGCCGCCGGCUCUUCACCUACGCCUGACGAAUUCGCUAGAAUCCUAAGAUCCAUCUUUCCGUCCCUGGCUUUCAAGGUUUAUCCUUUCAACUCUUCCGAGCGUGUUAAGAAUUUGAUAUCCUCUUCCAUUCGUCAAGCUCUGGAUAACCCCUUAAACUACGCAAGAAGCUACUUGGCUGAAAUCAUCGACCCAUGUGUAUCCCGAGUGAUUUACCUGGAUUCUGACAUCAUCGUCGUCGAUGACAUCCAGAAACUGUGGUCAACAACUCUGACCGGUUCUAGAGUAAUUGGUGCUCCCCAGUACUGUCAUGCCAACUUCACCAAAUAUUUCACCAAUCAGUUCUGGUUUCGACCAGAUUUUUCAAAGACUUUCCGAGGAAAGAAACCGUGUUAUUUCAAUACAGGGGUGAUGAUCAUGGAUUUAGACAAGUGGCGGAGGGGAGACUUUACCGGGAAGAUUGAGAAAUGGAUGGAGAUACAGAGGGAGACGAGGAUAUACGAGUUGGGUUCGUUACCACCUUUCUUGCUGGUUUUCGGCGGAGAGGUUCACGCGAUUGAUGACAGAUGGAAUCAACACGGCCUUGGCGGGGACAAUGUGGUAAACAGUUGUAGAUCAUUGCACCCCGGUCCGGUUAGUUUGCUGCAUUGGAGCGGAAAGGGAAAGCCAUGGGUGAGGCUUGACGAAAGAAGGCCAUGUCCUGUAGAUCAUCUAUGGGAACCCCAUGAUUUGUAUAGGCAACGUGGCCACAACGGCCGCCGCGCACGGUGGUGACCUGACGCAAAUUUUUUAGUUCUUUCUCUUUUUUUUUUUUCAUUUUCUAUUGGUUCAUUUGUUACUUUGUCCCUUGAUAUAUUCAUAUUCGACAAUUCUUUUGUAUAUAUAAUACCGGGCAAUCCGAUAGUGUUUGGAUACAUCAGAGAAUAGAUUUGUUGGCUUCCCUGUAUGAGAAAUUUUGGAUGCAGAGCAGCCCUUUUGUUUGCCCGUUCAGCGAGCCAA